GGCGGGCUCCGGCGCUGGCCCUGGUCAGUCGGCGGCCGGGCGCAGCGCGGCGCGGCGGCGGCGGCGGCGGCGGCGGGAUCAUGCGUUAGGACGCCCAGGCGGGCACUGCGGCCGCGCCAGGCGCGCGGCGGGCCGGGAAGAUGAACUACCUGAACGUGUUGGCCAAGGCCCUCUACGACAAUGUGGCCGAGUCCCCCGAUGAACUGUCCUUUCGCAAGGGGGACAUCAUGACGGUGCUGGAGCGCAACACACAAGGCUUGGAGGGCUGGUGGCUCUGUUCCUUACAUGGCCGGCAAGGCAUCGUCCCUGGCAACCGCCUCAAGAUCCUGGUGGGGAUGUAUGACAAGAAGCAGCUCCCCGGGCCGGUCCAAGGGCCCCCCCAGCCUUCGCUGCCACAGCCUGCAGGACAGACCCCGCUGGCGUUCCCCCAGCAAGGGGGCUACACCCCACUCUCCCCUGCCUCUCAGUACACCCCAAUGCAUCCCUCCUACCUCCCCCAAGAGGACAAUGUCUACUUGGUGCCAGCACCCAACAAGACCGCAGGGGCCCCAGGGCCUUUCCAGUCUCCUGCCAGCAAGCAGAUUUCUGCCUACGCCAAACCAAGCCCUUCUCAAGCCCAGGAUGUUUACCAGGUGCCAGCCGGGCCUGCCUGCCCAUCCCAGGACAUUUACCAGGUCCCUCCAGCCCCCACCGGCCUGGGGCAGGACAUUUACCAAGUCCCUCCUUCUCUGGAUGGACGUGGUUGGGAUCCCCCAAAGGCUCAAGGCAAGGUGGUGAUCCCCACACGGGUGGGACAAGUCUAUGUCUAUGAGUCCCCCAAAGGAGAGCAGCAGGAUGAAUAUGAUGUUCCCCGACAGCUCCAGGAGAUCUAUGAUGUGCCCCCAACACGGGGCUUGGUGGUGAACCGGAGUGGCCAAGAAGGUCUCACCUUGCCCUUUUGCCAGGUCUACGACAGCCCUGCGAUGGUGGGAAAGAACACCAACAGCGGAGCCCAAGUCCAUGAGAUCUACGAUGUGCCACCCAGCGUGGAGAAGAAUCUGCAAGUGGUAUAUGACAUCCCUCCCUCGGUCAGCAAGGAUGUCCCGGAUGGCCCCACGAGGGAGGAGACAUACGAUGUGCCCCCUGUCUUCUGCAAGGUGAAGCCCUUCGACCCAUUGCGUCAUCCGCUCAUCCUGGCCCAGCCUUUGGCACCCCUGGCGGAGCCAUCUUCCUUGUCUGAAGACGUCUAUGAUGUGCCUCCACCCACCAGUAAAGGGGUAUCAGAAGCCCAGGAGAUCUACGAUGUCCCACCGGGGCUGAGAAAACUGGCCAGCCAGGAGGUGUAUGAUGUUCCUCGAGAGCUGCCGAUCAGCAGUAAGGACGGGGAAGGUGAUUACAUCUACGACGUCCCCCCACAGACAGAUCGGGGUGAUGGCAAGAGGCUUUCCGCCUCCAGCACAGGCAGCAACCGCAGCAACCUUUCCAGUUCUUCUCUGGACACGGUGCCAGUCCGGGAAGCGCCGGACAAGGAGCUGCCCCUCGACCAGGACGUUGCGAUGGAGACACUGGCCCGGCUCCAGAACAACGUCAGCGUGGCGGUCUCGUACCUCAUGUCCUUCAUCAGCGGCAGCUGGCGCAGCCCCGAGCAGAUGGAGGCUCACGCAGGCCACAUCCAGGGGGCAGCGGAGAGCGUGAAGGGGGCCCUCAGGGAACUGCUGGAAUUUGCCCGCGGAGUGGUGAGCAGUGCCGCCCAGGCCUCCGACCGCUCCCUCUACGCCAAGCUGGGCAAGCAGGUGCAGAAGAUGGAGGAGGUGUACCAGGCGCUGCUGCGGCACAGCCAGGCACUGGAGGGCUGCGGCUGGGCCCCCAGCGCCCUUGUGGCCAGCAAGCCGGGGGCACCAGAUGACCUCGAGCACCUGGUCAUGUACUCCCGGGGGGUGCCUGAUGACACCAAGCAGCUGGCCUCCUUCCUGCACGGCAACGCCUCGCUGCUCUUCCGACGGACCAGGGGGUCCCCAGCCUCCUUGGGGGAUGGCAUCCACCCCCACGGCACGCCCUCCGAGAAGGCGAGCCACAUCCAGUCCCGGCCGUUGCCUUCGCCGCCCAAGUUCCUGGCCCAGGACUCACCCGACAGGCAAUACGAGAACAGUGAGGGGGGCUGGAUGGAAGAUUAUGACUACGUGCACCUCCAGGGGAAGGAGGAGUUUGAGAAGACCCAGAAAGAGCUGCUUGAACGAGGCAACAUCAUGCGACAAGGCAAAGGACAGCUGGAGCAGCAGCAGCUGAAGCAGUUUGAGCGACUGGAACAGGAGGUCACCCGUCCUAUUGACCAUGACCUGUCCAGCUGGACACCCCCACAACACUACCCCCACGUGCGGGGGGGCGGCACAGCCCUGGGCCCCUCCGACCGGCAGCUGCUGCUCUUCUACCUGGAACAGUGCGAGGCCAACCUCACCACACUCACCAAUGCCGUAGACGCCUUCUUCACCGCGGUGAACACUAAUCAGCCCCCCAAGAUCUUCGUGGCACACAGCAAGUUUGUCAUCCUGAGUGCCCACAAGCUGGUCUUCAUUGGGGACACCCUGUCGCGCCAGGCUAAGGCCCAAGAGGUCCGCCAGAAGGUCACUCACUACAGCAACCUUCUCUGCGACCUGCUCAAGGAGAUCGUGGCCAGCACCAAGACAGCUGCUCUCCAGUACCCCUCCCCGGCUGCUGCCAAAGACAUGGUGGAGCGGGUUCACGAGCUGGCAAACAGCACCCAGCAGUUCCGGAUGGUCUUGGGGCAACUAGCCGCCGUGUGAAGCGCCCCCUGGAGGAGUCUUUGGGUGAGCCUCCCGUGGCGAAUGGACUGUAAAUAUUUUGUCCGACUCACCUGCCCACCUGGAGAGGGUGGGGGGUGUUGACUGGCCAGCGGCUUCCUUCUCCUUUGACGGUAGACACCGACGAUGCCAGUCCUGGGUCCCCGAGGCCCCCCAGUCUCGCUGCAGCCAAGAAGGGAAGACCGUUUCAGCCCCUUGCGGCAGUUGCCGAGGGCAAAUAAUUAUUUUUUUCCUGUUUGAUUCCAAAACUGUUUGGCUAAUGAGCACUAUUUAAAUCAAAUAAAGAAAUAUAGAAUCCA